CUCGAGCAAACACUGCCGUUACAAAUAAUAUCUCUUAUCAGUAGUUGACGGAAAGCACCAUUGUUCACAUGGGACUUUACUUUUACUGUUUACUAGUCCUCACAUGGACGAUGGCCUAUUCUAAAGUGCCGUUAUAUUUGAAAGAUCUAAAUGUUAACCCUGGGUAUAAAUCAGAAUGGAAACCGAACAUCGGCCAAAGGAACCCGACAGGCAUAGAAUUCGGAGAGAUCUCGCGAGGCUCGCUGCUGAAGAUACUGGCGGAGUUUACGCAGAACGUGGAGCAGCGGCUGCGCCCGCGCCAGCAGAGCGCGCGCUUCGACGCGCACUUCGCCAACAACAAGUACACCCGGCCCUACAUCUACCCGAGGUUCGGCAGGAACAACGUAAACUAGCACUUCAUAUC